UGCCGUGCACGCGCUCCAUCUUCCCUUUGAGAGUCGUCGGGUGAGCGCGCCUCGGAGCUGAACAGCUGCACGCAGGCAGGGACUCUCCUCUCCAAGUACAACAAAUAUGAUCCACACUCACACAAUUGACUUAUGUGAGCUGUCCGCCAGCGACGCGUCGUGAAAUGAAGAAGCCACUCACGGCAGCACACACACAACUCAGUCGCUCGUAGUAUCCGAGUCAUAAUUAAUCCGGAAAUUCUGGGUAGGUAGGUUCCUAAUAAUCUGGACAGCGUGAACAGCAGAGCACAAUGCCAACUCACUCGUUGCUGCCUUGUGUGGAGAGCCCAGAUGGACUUUCCCAAGACAUUCUUAUUAAUAACAAUGCAAGCAUCCCAGGGCCUGGUUCUAGAAUGACACCGCUGCCCUCUUACUCAGAAACGGCUGUGUUGCAAGCUGGUGGAAGUAUACCACUGUCUUGUAUGUUCUGUGAUCAGACUUUUACCCAUCAGGAUGAGCUGGGACCCCACGUACUGACUCAGCACUCUGCCACUCUCUCUGAGCCAGCUGUGCUUCGUGUUGAGGCAGAAUUCAGGAUCCCAGGAGAGAGACCCCGACCCAAACCGAGCGGCCUCCCCAAAAGAGAAGCCGUGAAAGAGAAAGAGGAGGUUCACAGCUGCAUAGUGUGUGGUCAGGUUUCACAAGAUGCCAGUGAGCUGGAGACCCACAUGAGGAAGCACAAGGACUACUUUACUUACUGCUGCAAUGUAUGUGGACGACGGUUUAGAGAGUCGUGGUUCCUCAAGAAUCACAUGAAGAUGCAUUUAAAACCAGGAGCAAAGAGUAAGAUCCAGCAAGACCUGGAGCCGCCAGUCACAGUCAAUGGCAUCAUCCAAGAGCCCACAGCAGAGCCCGUAGUCACAGUUUUCAAAAUGUGCAUGGUUUGUGGGUUUUUCUUUCCUGACCAUGACACUUUAGUUGAACAUAGCAAAGUACACAAUCGAGAGGUGGAGCCUGGCAAAGAUAAAGACAAGGAGGACAUGGAUGACAGUGCUGAAUGUCCUGUCACCAAGGAAACGUUUCUAAACAGUCUGGGACUUUUACCUCACUUUACAGUAAACAGUCCAGCAAAUCUGAACCAUGAGAGAUCAUCAAAAUGGAUUCCCCAGUUAGAUCCUUUCAGCACAUAUCAGGCCUGGCAGCUGGCCACAAAGGGCAAGAUAGCAGUUGGUAUAAAUACUGCUAAAGAUGUUGGCCAGGAAGCCAGCACAGACAAUGAGGAGUGCAGCUCUGAUAAGGAGGACUCAAAUAAUAUUUGGUCUGAGGGACGAGGGGACAAAGCUAUGAAAGAGGUCCUUGGCAGGGAGCUCCAGCCUCAGCAGCAGAUUGUGGUGGAAAACCCAGAACCACUGCAGAGCUCUCCAGUGCAAAAAGAUAAGGACAAAGAAAGGCCAACCACCUGUGAGGAAUGUCAGAGAACCUUCAGGACCUACCACCAGUUGGUUCUUCACUCCAGGGUCCACAAGCGUGAGAGAGGUGGAGAGGAGAGUCUAACUUCUGUUGACGGGAGGAUGUCAAGAGUGGGCUCACUUGAGCAUGCAGAGGAAUGCUCCGAGGAGGGCUUUGAGGAAGCAGCGUUGACAGAAAACCUGGGUCCAGGUGAAGAUGGUUUUGAUCGAUCAAGAAGCAGCUCAAAAAAAUGCAGUUACUGUGGCAAAUCAUUCCGAUCAAGCUACUACCUCACAGUUCAUAUGAGGACUCACACAGGUGAAAAACCGUUUAAGUGUCCUUACUGCGACUAUGCUGCGGCCCAGAAGACUUCACUGAAGUAUCACUUGGAUCGGCGUCACAAGGACUUACCUUACGUGGACAUUCCCAGCAGACCUGUGCCUUCACUGUCCUCUCCUAAUGAAAAUAUAGAGCCAAACAGAGCCAAACUCUGGGUUCCUGGCGUAAGAUCGUGCACCAGUGGAACACCAGAGGACAGAUUUGACAGCAUAGAUAGCAAUCUUGGCAAACCACACAUCCAGACAGAUGCUGAGCAUGAGAAAUUAAUUGCAAAGUCUGCUUGCUCCUCGACUGAUGAUGCCGUGGAGUGUCCCUUACCUGUUGACCCGAAGGUGGAGGAGAUGGAAGACGAGAAAUCUGAGGCCCCAUUAAAUCUGUCCUUAAAAGUGUCUCCCUCCGUUCCUGCAAAUGCAGAGGCCAAAAAUGCAAUCAUUUACUAUACCUGUUCAUUUUGUGCAUAUAAAACUAUGUACCCAGAGGUUCUGACGAUGCACAAAAAGCUUAACCACAAAGACAAAUCAGACAGUACAAAAAAGAAUGUGUGUGAAGGCAGUUUGAAACUGAGACGUCUUACAGGUUGUCCCCCUGCACUUGAUGGGAAAGAUGUCAAACCACUUCCAAUGAUUGAUCGGCGCCACCCUCGUCGGACCAAGGCCCCACCUUUGCAACCUGCAAAACCACAAGAAAAUACAUCUGUUAACCCGCCUCAUGGUCCUAAACAGUGCACUGCCCCUGCACCCGUACACGAUGUUGCCCAGGAAGCUCAACGUCAUAGACUUAACAUGGAUAAACAUGCCAGUCAGGAAUCCUUCAGGUAUACUGAGCUCUUGAGGAAAUCCACUACAGGAAGCAAGUAUGUGAUGGAUAGACCAGGCCCCCCAGACAGGGUCGAGGCAGGUGAGAGGAGUAACCCAGCGAGAAGUGGUGUAAUUUGGCACUCGGAUGCUGCCCGGAUGUGCCUGUCAAGCCAGUUUGGGAGCUUGCCCCAGAUGGAUUUUGGUGAACCUUCCAGCAAGAGACUGAAGUAUGCGAUACCUGCACACAGGGAAGCUGACACAGGAGAGAAGUCUGGCUUCAGAAGACCAGCAGAGGAUGGAUCCAGCAGACUGCACGUCUUGGGGAGGAAUGUGAGAACCACAUCACAAGGGUCGACCCCAUCUGCAGUUUCUGAGAACUUUGGUCCUUUGAAGAGUACAUCUUCAGCUAUAGGAGGAGGUCUGGACAAUGAGUGGAACAUGAUAAACCUCCUGUGCUCCUACACUUCCAAUGACCUGGCAUCUCUCUAUCGCAGCACACCAGCCAACCCCAGCCGUGGGGGACUGGCCAACUCAAGAGCAGGGGCCAGAACUGUGCUGUACAACACUCAACACUUACAUGUUCUGCCCAGCCUGCCGAGGAGAGACCCCUCAGGCCUUUUCCCUAAUCAGUGCUCCGGGAAAACUGACAAAAGUAACUAAAGGUGCACCAAGGUUUGAACUGUGCUGCUUGUUUUUGGAGAACUUCUUGUUUAUUGGAAAAGAUGCUUUGUGCUCUAAAUGUCAAGGCUCUCCAAAUUGAAUAUAUUUUUUUUUUCAAAAGAGGAAAUUUGUUCUGCAUCAACAUUUCAGAGGCCUUUAGUGUACGUCUUUUGUUUUGAAUGGAAAAGUGCAGAUCACCUCUCUAUGAAGAUAUUAUUCCACUUUUGUGCACUGUGAUCUUUUUUUUCUUACUCUAAUCUGUUAUGUUAAUGUCCAGAUAUCUGUAAGUGUCUAUGGCAUAACUGUAAAAUUUACUUGUGAGGUAACAUAAAUAUAUCUAAGCUUUCAGUACAUGAAAAUUGUUAUUAACUAAAAACUUGAGAAAUAACAUCAGUGUGAAAAAUUGCUGCUCUGGUCAAUUAACUUUUGACAUCCAGAUGGUAAUUAAGCACUAUUCUGUCCUUCUUCCAAGGCACUGAAGGUUUUGGGUGGUUUUGGGUUGUUUUUGUUUGUUUUUUUGUGGAAUAACUUGAUGGCUUCAGGCCAGUUGUUUACUUACAGGCCACAGUUCCUGUGCAUGUUGAAGUGAUCUACCUCACGUAAAGCUGCUACCUCAUGUGAAGCUGCUGUAGCCUUCGUGUCAGCCGAGCCUCCAUACCCAGUCAUCUGUCAGCCAGAGACAGCGAGUGUAACUGAACAUGUUUGUAUGUGUUAUGGACAUGUUUGUUAAGCACCACAUAACACACAAACUGAUUUGGUGACUGAACAACUGCUGCCGAGGCCACAUCAACCUGUGGCACCUGAUUAACAAACAACAAUGGGGGUUGUGGAUCGUUUUGGUACAUUUGGUAUUUACAAGCCCAGUUUUAAACACAGAACAGAUUUCUUGGUUAUUUAUUGUCCUUUUGAAACCACCUGCUUUAGUCUCAGAUCCAUAAGUUGUAAAAUGUAACAAAGUUCAUCGGUUCUGUUUGUGUAUUAAAUGGUCACGCUGUAUUGUAAAGACUGCACAUUUAGUCACUGCUCAAGAGUUUGUUUUUACUAUGCAGAGUUUCCAAAGUGCUGUUGUGUUUCAGGUGGCAGCAGUCAGACCCGGCUGGUAUAUUAAGCAGGCAUUUAGAUGUGGUACGACUGUAUAUCUUGGGAUUUAAAAAAAACAAAAAACAGCUGUGAUUGAUUUGUUUAAUGAUUGAUUGGUUGUUUGACUACAAACUGUGAACAAGAAGUCUCAGGUUAACACGUGUUUACAAGCUGUUUAGUCUCCUGUGUAAGUAUGUGUUGGUAUUUUUGCCACUUUCAAAGGCUUGGGAUAAGUUAUUUUUUUGUUCUUUGGUAUUCACCUAACAUGUACUUAUGUAAAAAUGGAAAUAUGGUUUGAGAUUCGUAUGAUACAUUUCAAUAAAAAAGUGAAAGGCGAA